ACACAGUACAUCAUCAAAGUCCCUUUAGGAAAGUCGCAUAGAUGGUCAUCUUUGCAAUGCCUCUAGGCAGUUUUUUCAGUCAUGCAAGACUAAAGUCUUAAAAUUGCAUGCUAAAAUCACCAAUAAACAACAUAUUUCUGACCAACAAUUAUACCUGACACCAGUUGCAUAACUUUUGUGUUUCUAUCUUAAAUUAUGCUAAAUAAAACCUUUAUUUAAAGUCGUUUCAACUGCUGCGCAUGUGCACAGGUCAACAAUCACAUCACACGACUCUCCCCUAGAGAAUCAUCAUUCUUUAUGGAUUUAUGAUUGGUUCUUUUAACCGUAGGUGGGACUUCCAUCACCACAGUGGCCAUGUUGAGCAUCGCAUUUCGGCCAAUUCAUAGUAAUAGCAGUGAUAUAUUUUGUUAUAUCCAAAGUUUUUAACAUCAUUCACUAAGUCACUGUCUAUUUGCUAUAUCACCAUAGGGUCGAGGACUAAAUGCACAGCAGACACAUUAUCGUCCCACACAGAAGCAAUACAAUAGAAAUACACAAUACAAUAGAAAGCAACGUUUGGACAGGCAGUCAGCCUGCGUGUGCUUUGUAUGCUCCUUUGAUGUAUGAAAUAACAGAAGUGUUUGACUGAGGAAUGUGGCCUUCACGUUACCUGACUGAAGAAGGAAUCUACAGUGAAUAGAAGAGACGGCGGAGGCUAUGGCUUACUCACUGCCUCUCAGUCUGCUGUUCCUGGCAUGGCUGUGUGGGAACAUGUCUGCACGAGCGUCUGAACUCUUUUCACCAGGUCCAGAUCCAUCUAGAGGACCGCAUUUCACUGGCUGUCGCUCCAGAGAGCAGGAGACCUUUAGAUGUUGGUGGAGCGCUGGCAGCUUCCAGAAUCUCACCGAGCCAGGAGCUCUCCGGGUCUUCUACCAGACGAAGAACACCUUUUCUAGUGAAUGGCUGGAGUGUCCAGACUACACAACCUCUGUGCCGAAUGAGUGUUAUUUUAACAAGACCUUCACACACAUCUGGACCUCCUAUUGCAUACAGCUACGCUCAGUUCCCCACAACAUAACCUAUGAUGAAGACUGCUUUACAGUAGAAAACAUAGUGCAUCCUGACCCACCAGUUGGACUGAAUUGGACCCUGCUGAACGUUAGUCGCUCAGGGCUGCAUUUUGACGUCCUCGUGCGCUGGACUCCCCCUCCCUCAGCAGAUGUUCAGAUGGGCUGGAUGAGUCUGGUGUACCAGGUUCAAUAUCGGGUCAGGAACACCUCACACUGGGAGAUGUUGGAUCUGGAGAGCGGCACACAGCAGUCCAUCUAUGGAUUGCACACAGAGAAAGAGUACGAGGUGCGGGUGCGCUGCAAGAUGUCAUCCUUUAAAAACUUUGGCGAGUUCAGCGAUAGCAUCUUCAUACAUGUGGCACAAAUACCAAGCAAAGAUUCAACAUUCCCGACGACAUUGGUGUUGGUUUUUGGAGUCAUAGGCGUGGUGAUUCUUCUCAUCCUUCUCAUCUUUUCCCAGCAGCAGAGGUUAAUGGUGAUAUUUUUACCACCUAUACCUGCACCUAAAAUUAAAGGCAUUGACCCGGAGUUGCUGAAGAAUGGAAAGUUAGACCAGUUAAAUUCCCUGCUGAGCGGCCAGGAUAUGUACAAGCCCGACUCGUACCAUGAGGACCCAUGGGUCGAAUUCAUCCAACUGGACCUGGAUGACCUGACGGAGAAGAAUGAGAGUUCUGACACACAGCAUCUGCUGGGCCUGUCCCGCUCAGGCUCUUCUCACGUCCUUCAUUUCAAAAGCGACGACGAUUCGGGACGUGCCAGCUGCUAUGAUCCAGAGAUCCCAGACUCUGAGGAUAUGCUCACAACUGCCCUGCUACCCGGUCGCUCUGGAGAGCAGCACCCUACGGUUUCUAGGAGCGGCUCAUCCACCCCUAACCUCACGGAAGGUGCGGAGACACCCAGUGAAACACAACAACCCACUACACCAAACUGGGUCAACAUGGACUUUUACGCCCAGGUAAGCGAUUUCACACCCGCAGGAGAAGUCAUACUCUCACCCAGACAACUAAACAUCGCUCUAGGUAAGAAAAAGGGGGAAGAGAAGAAAAUCGAAGAUGAGAAGAAGAUACAAUUCCAGCUUGUUUCUGACGGAGCCUAUACCUCGGAGAUCACAGCGAGGCAGAUUGCCGCCGAUGUGCCCGCCGGGCUCGCUCCUGAUCAGGAGUACCAAACAUUCCCAUCUCGGGUUGUCGAGGAGAACCCCGGCUGGAACGGAGAGUACAUGGCUCCGGUCGGUGACUCCCAGACGCCGUAUCUUCUGCCUGUGGUUCCUCAAUCCUCCGUACUACCACCCGUGUCAGACUAUACUGUAGUGCAGGAGGUGGAUGCCCAGCACAGCCUCCUCCUAAACCCUCCUACCCCACAGACAGCGACCUGCACGCACACCCCAAACAAACAACUACCUGCCAUGCCAGCCAUGCCUAUGGGGUACCUCACCCCUGACCUCCUAGGAAACCUGACCCCGUGAAACUAAAAGCGCAUAUCAUCAGUUGUUGAGGUCGUUCUACCUUCUCACCGCUGGAAGCCGAAGCUGCACCAAUGAUGGGACUCCAUCACUAUCUGCUAAUGUUUCUAAGGCUUUUCUCUGCUGUAGGCUAAAAGGAUGAUGAAGCCGAGAGCGUUUCUUCUCUGUUAGCUGUACUGCCUGAAGCUACGACGAAAUGUGUUAUCAAUUUCAAAUCCAAAAUGUCGGCUAGUUGCACAAAAAAAUACAUCACUACAGAAAUAUGCUGGCAUCGUUGGUCAGAGAGCAAUUUUUUAAACUUGCUUAUCUUAUUAUAUGGAUACAGAUCUAGAGAUACAGUGGCAUUGAGAUGAAAUAGAUUUAUGUACAGACGCAAAUGUAUCUUUAGAGAAAAUUGUUUACACACAGGUUAAAGACAUUGUUGGAAUAUGACAUUUAAAAUAUAUAUAUAUAUAAUUUCUCUUGUGUCAUAUUAAGGUUUUUUGUUCUGGCCAAAAUACGCCCGGACAACAUAUGACUGAUCCCUCAUACGAUACCGUAUUUUUCUCAGACUCAUAUUUCUGCAAACCCUUGAUCUUUGCUGUUCAAGAUUUAUGGGAGUCAUUAUAAACGGCACACCAAUUCUGCUCAUCUUUCUACCGUGGCCAGAUCACUAAAGUGAGGACUUUUUAUAACCAUCACUGUAUAUGAAUGUAAUAUUUUAAGGUUCCUUGCUAGAAAACAAUAUUGAAAUUGAAUAGUUUAUAAAGAUAUUGCCGUGCCCAUUUGUCUUGGAGGUUUUGCUACGUUUGCUUUACGUUGACAACACUAAGCGCUUGUAGAGUUUAAACCGUAUGGCAGAUGUUCUUAUACUGUAUGUACAUGCGGCGGUUUUAUAUCGAUGAAGCAUAAGUGUAUUCGUACAUUUACAAUGGGAGUUACAUUUCAGACACGCUGGGAUAGAAGUGCCAAAUGUUUUAUACUUAUUUUAUUGGACUUUAAGGGGCUAAUUGUUUCCUGGACUAUUUGCUCAAUGACGUCCUAUAGAAACAGCAUUGUCUAAUGCACCACAGCCACAUGAUAAAAAGCUGCUUUCUACAAGAGAUAUUUUAUGAAAUCAUGCAUUAUAAUAUUUAAUGAAUAAUAACUGGAGAGUAAAAAAAUAUAGUUUCUUAGAAUAUUAGAGGUUUACUUUUUACACACUACAAACAAGCCACAGGUUUAAUUCAAUGUUGUUGAGUUUGUACAGGAAAGUGUUGAUUGUUAAGUUGUAUAGAUAGAGAUGAGCUUAUUUUGAGCACUUUUGUGACUCUUAAAUGUUCUCUGUUUUUAGAGAAAAACAAUGGAGGUAUAUAUGAUGGUAUAAAGCAGCCUAUCGACUACAAGCUAAAUUGGUCCUGGGUUUGCAAAUGAUGCUUGAAUACUGGAUCCUACCUUGUUUUAGGUGUCUCUUGUAGUUACAGUGCCUUCCAAACAGAAAUAUGCCUGUGCAAAAUCUGCUUGUUUAGGGCGUGUGACUUUGCAAUCAUUUUUUUUACAUUUAUACACUCACCUAAAGGAUUAUUAGGAACACCUGUUCAAUUUCUCAUUAAUGUAAUAGUGUGGGGGAUGUUUUCUUGGCACACUUUAGGCCCUUUUAGUGCCAAUUGGGCAUCAUUUAAAUGCCACAGCCUACCUGAGCAUUGUUUCUGACCUGUCCAUCUCUUUAUGACCACCAUGUACCCAUCAUCUGAUGGCUACUUCCAGCAGGAUAAUGCACCAUGUCACAAAGCUCGAAUCAUUUUUUUAAUGGUUUCUUGAACAUGACAAUGAGUUCACUGUACUAAAAUGGCCCCCACAGACACCAGAUCUCAACGCAAUAGAGCAUCUUUGGGAUGUGGUGGAACGGGAGCUUCGUGCCCUGGAUGUGCAUCCCACAAAUCUCCAUCAACUGCAAGAUGCUAUCCUGUCAAUAUGGGCCAGCAUUACUUUAAGCUCCUUGUUAAAUCAAUGCCACGUAGAAUUAAGGCAGUUCUGAAGGCGAAAGGGGGUCAAACACAGUAUUAGUAUGGUGUUCCUAAUAAUCCUUUAGGUGAGUGUAUAUAUGCAUUUGGCAGACACUUUUAUCCAAAGGGACUUACACACUCUUACACACUAAAAAAGGUACAAAGGUUAUCACUGGGAUGGUACCUUUUCCUCAUAUGUACCAUUUUGGUACCUUUGAGUUACAAAUAUGCACCUUUUAGGUACAAGAGUGUUUUUUUUUUAAAGGUACCUGCCCCAGUGACAGCUUUAUAACUUUUCUGCUUUUAAGCUAUACGUUUUUAUCAGUAUGUGUGUGUGUUCCCUGGGGAUCGAACCCACAACACAUGCGCUUGUGCAUGAUUUUUGAAAAACACAAAGGGAGUCGAACCAAGUACCAAAACACACUUGUAGCCAAUCAGCAGUAAGCGGCGUGUCUACUAACCGACAUCGUUGCCUGGGUUGUGUAUGUGUGGGGCAGGUCUAUUAAAAGAAGGUCCAGAUUCUAUUGAGGUAGGGCCGUGUUUCUUUAGGUGAUUUCAACAUUGGCAUUCAGAGAUCAUGCACCCCUCCUUUAAUAUUUCCUUAGAAUGUGAAAAGUCUAAAAUCUGUUAAAUCUUUAAGCCAAAGCUUGACAGUUCAUGCAGAUGUUAUGGAGUGACUUUAUCAGCUCACAAACCAUCCAUACAUUUCUUUUGGAAGGCACUGUAUGUGAUUUCAUAAUAACAGUUCAGGCUAAUCAAAUGUAUUGUUUGAUUUAAUAAUUUAUUUUUUUUAGACUUCUGUGUUUUAUUGUGCUGCCGUAAAUGAAGUAGUUUGUUGCAUAAUUAAAUGCUAAGCCUUUGUUAUUGUGCGAACACACAGGUACGCCUAAGACAAAUGGGACCAAACACUGUCGAACAAUGAGCCAGAGAAAAGCACUUGAUGCUAAAGCUCACGUGAUGGGUGGUGUAAAGAAAAAUAAAAUAAUGGUACGGUUUGAACUUAAGCUGGAAAUGAGAUAUUUACAACUAAAAUAACAGGUGUAAAACAUAAAAAAUGUGAUCAUGUCUGUGUAAUCCAGGCUUAUAAUCUAAUAAUAGGAGAAUCAAAGUUUGAUGUCACAUUGAUUUCAAUCUUUGACAUGACCUUACUCAGUCAAUAUUAAAGAUAUCAAGGUUAUAUUUUCACAGAAUGUUCUUUACAUUAUGUAGGAUGACUUUUCACAGACUGGGUCACUUACAAUGAUAAACCACUUAUAGACCCCAUAGCCUACAGUCAAUGUGCCUCCACACAUACAGAACAAAACAUGUAUAAGCUAAUUCAUUAUUAAAGCAUAUCUGGGUUAAACAAUGUAGAAGUACAGUAAUUCUUAACAGUUUUACUUUCAAAACCCUGCUUAUGCCUAUUAUGUGUGUGUAUAUAUGAUAAAUAUAUAGUGGGCCUGUGCGUAAUGUAUUUAACCCUAACACUGUGCUAAGCGAUGUGCCAUCCUUUUAUAUGUAAAGGUUUUGCCUUACUGAGAAAUAUAAAGUAUUACACAACUUUUCUGCUGCUGGCAUCGCUGUGAAAUCAGCAUGUUCAUGUUUAAAUGGAAACGUCUUAAGCUGUCACAAUACGUGGUGUACGAUAUGCAUAUAAGCUUAUGCCGUAUGUACUUUUACAGUGCUGCUCUUUCUGUAUUUCUUUCUCUAUAUUUCUUGUUAUGUAGCAUCUUUCACUUUUGCUUCUUGAGUAAUGCAAAGCCAACGUGGCAAAGAAAUGCAUGUCUGUACAUGCGAGAUGAUAAAUGCACAGGAUAAAUAUAGUUCAUUUAAUCCUAUGUAUGGUUAUAGUCAUAUUUAUAUGAUUUACUGCCAAUUUUCAUCAAUUUUGUUUGCCUUAUGGAUGCACAUUAAGUAUUAAGGUAUAAAUAAAGUGAAUUCAGGUUUGUUAUUGGAACAUUUGUAUGGUUUGCUGUUGAAAUUGGUUGGAUUUAUUUUACCUCAAAUGAACAACAAUUUUCAGUAUUAGCUUUGUUUUGUUUUCUUCUGUUUAAUAAAGAUUGCUUCAAAUA